CCAAACAAGCAGAUCAGGGAGUUUUGGCCCACCACCUGGGUGGUCAAAUUGGGAAGCCAAUCUGCUUGUUUGGUGACUUUGCCAAACAAGAAAAUAUUUUAUAUAUUUAAGAUGCCAGCCCUAAACAAUCAAUGUGCAAUGACAAAGCAUUUACAAAGGCUUGUACAUCUGGAGCCUCCUAAGACACAUGUGAAAAAUAUCUGGGCAUUACCAUAUUCAUUGUUCUGAAUCAGCCAUUUCCUGUGGGAGGUUCCCAAACUGAAUCUUCCUAAAAAUGUGGACUUAAUUAUGGAAUUAUGGAAAAAAUGUGGACUUAAUUAUGGGUCCAGUACCAAUAACUAAUAAUGAUGCUUCAGUUACACUCUGAUCCCAACCUCUGACUGAUGAGCUUGUAAAAAAACAAAGCUAAGGCAGAAAACAUCUGUGCUGCUUUGGGUGGAACGACUUUGGGAGGACCCAGGUUUGGAGGCCACAUUUAAGAUCACAGUUCAUGUCGUGAAGCCUCUGUGGACAAAGAGACAUUCUGCAAACCCACACUCUUGGAGAAGAAAUCUCAUCAAAGUGCCUUUUAUUUUCAGCAAACUCUAGAACAUUCUUCCAAGACCACCAAUUAGAAAGUGCCUGCAGUAGAAACCUAUUAGAAGCAGACAAAAGGAACGCCAAGAGGAACAGCAAGAAAGGAGGUCCAGAAAGGAAACAGAAAAAGAAAUGGGUUCCAGUUUCUUAGUAUUGUCUACAAAUGGUGUCUAAAUUUAGUUCACUUAGGCUGUGACCUUUGAUUUUCCAGAACCGGCAUUUCAGGUGGUAACUGGUAACACUGGUAUUCUGUAUCUUCUCAUAGAUUAGGGCUGUACUUGUAUUAAUGUCUAUGUUAUCGCUACAUUUGUAUAGUGAGUUAUCAUAAUGUCAGUGUUCCCUUAAUGUUAUUUCUCAAAACCCAUAUUUGGUAUUUCCAUCUCUGCCACAAAAGGACAAUAAAUGGGUGUGUACAUUUAAAUCAUACAGAAGGAGUUUACAGAUAGUGGUAGCCCAAAACAUAGUUCCAUAUAUAGAACAUUUGAUUAAGACAAAACUCAGAAUAAGACCAUGAAGUGCAUCAGUAAGCCAACUGUUUUAGUCAAAAAUUCCCAAGACUUGGUGAAAUGUAUGACCGAAGCAAAGGAUCCUUGGCGCCAAGUCCAAGAUCUUGUGACAAAGGCAACAAGCGAGAAGCAUCUCUCAGAGAAGGAAGGACGCAAGGCGUUAAUGUUCUCUGCUCUUUGGCUUGCGGGAAACUUUAAAUUGCUGAAGGAACAAAAUCAGGUAUUACAAGACAGGAUUCAGGACCUUCAAGAUAAGAUUGAGACUCUGAAAAUCUCUGCCAACACCGCCUCAGCGUUAAGCAUAGGCCAUCAGAAAACUGUCCAGGAAAAUAUCGAGUUACGCAAGGAAAACGGGGAACUAUCUGUGCACUUGAGAGAUGCACAGGGAGCAAUCCGAAGUCUCUCUGCUUCAUUUAACCACUCAGAGGUUGAUCAUUCAAGGUGCCUUAUGGAAAUCCAAAGUUUAAAGGCCCAGUUAAGGAGGAGGGAUGCGGUGAUAGCAGCAUUUAAUAUCCCAGAAGCAGAUCAUGAAGAUUUCUUUAUUGUUAAUUGCGACUGCUUAAACCAAAGGGAAAACCAAGAUUCUCAUGCAUAUGAAUUCAGCUCUGUCCCUACACACAUAGUGUCUCCGGCUAUACUGCCAAUGAAGUCAAAGAAUAAUGGAGUAAAUGUAUGUAACACUACAGCUUGGAAUAGGGAGUCUUGCCCAAUACGAUCAGGAGAUUGUGCUCCAGUUACUUACUUGCAUAUUAAUAAAGAGCCCCAUUACAAGGAUGUUUGUAUAACUAGGACUCCAUUAACCCUCACUGACCUGGCAAAUCAGACUAGGGAACUUGGUUGUAUGGGUAUAAAAGAUAUGAGUAGACCCACUGAGUUAAGCAAGAUACAAAAUGAUGCCCGAUGCCCUCCAGCUCCUGUUACAGUACACAUUAAUACAGGAGCUAAUUGCAAGGCAACAGGAAUGCCAAGGGUUGAGACUCCAUUACCCAGCAUUGAUCUGGUAACCUUAAAUAGAGGCCUUGAACCUAACAGGAAAAUAUAUGAUUGUGGCUCCCUCAGAAUGGAAAGUGCUACAGUGUGUCCUGUUGCUCCAGUUACUCUACUCUUUAAUACAGGAGCUAAUUGCAAAGGAACAGCUGAAACAAAGUUUGAUACUCCAUUAUUAAACAAAGACCUGACUAUAAGAGAGUUUGGAGCUGUAAAGAAAGGGAAUGAUACUGGGUGCCGUACUGCUCCAUUCACAGGACACAUUAACACAGGGCUGAAUGAGAAGGAAAUAGGUAGAACCAGAAUUGAGAGACCUCUAUCUAUGAAUGAAAUGGCAGCUCUGAGUAGGAAGCUUGGGCCCAUCAAGGUGGGAGAUGAUCCAGUAGAAACAAUGCUUAGAAUUCAGACAUUCCGUAAACUACAUAACAAUAUAGAAGAUGGCUGUGAGGUAUUUAAUGCCGUAGUCACGAGCCUAGACCAGGACCUUAAAGCCAACAUUCCAAGUUCUAUCUAUAAUUCUCAAUCUUUAGACUGCCUAGUUAAUGCAGUCAGAGAAAUCCUGGGUUGGAAUGAAGUAUAUGCCCACUCUGCUUUUGUAAAUUGCACACAGAGGAAAGGGGAGCCAAUCCAAGCCUUUGCCGACCGCCUCUAUACCUUAUAUAGUUUAACAAGACCUGCAAAGCCAGGUACCGAAGAUGAAGUCUUUAAAUGGGCCCUUAUCAAACAGUCGCAUCCAGAUAUCUGCCGUUUGGUGGGAUUGUCAGUAGGCCCAUCAAACACUUAUGUGGAAGUGAUGGAUUGCUUGAAGAGGGCAGAAAGUUUUGUGAUGGCACAAUCAAAAAAUUGUGAAGAUAAAAUGGCUGUUUUGGAGGCUGUGCCACACCCACGAGACCUGAGGGACCCCAAGGAAUCUGCAAGUAAAGAACUAGGGAAGUGCAAUGGUUGUAGCUAUUUGGCCGAUACUUCCAAAACCUCUCCUCUAACAUUUAUACAGUCUUGCCCAGAAGAGAAUGCUACAUCCCACGCAGAGUUACACCAACAUCUGCUGGAGUUGUCACAAGACUUGGAUAUAAUAAACCAAUUAAGAGACCAAAGCAAUGCCCAUCUCUCCUCGGGUCCUUUUUCCUAAAGCCACAUGAAUUGUGAGAAAGAUGCUUAAAUCUAAUUUCAUUUGACAAAAUGGCUGCUUAUUUAAAGGGAUUCUGUCAUGAUUUUUAUGGGGUACUCUUUAUUUAAAAUUACACUGUU